AUGGAAGAAAAGUUAAAUGAAAUGGAACAAGCUGGUAUCAUCACAAGGACAUCAACGCCUUACAGUAGUCCAUUGACAUUCACUCUUAAAAAAGACGGCUCAAUUAGAGUUCUGCUUGAUGCCAGAAGCAUAAAUAAGAAAAUGGUUGCAGAAACAGAGAAACCACCUAUACAAUUAGAUGUUUUGAAUUCAUUUCACGGAGCGAAUUAUAUCACUACCAUUGACUUAAAUAAUGCAUAUUUUCAAAUUCCGAUAAAUAAAGAUGGUAGAAAAUAUACUGGAUUCACAUUCAAUGGAAAGUCAUAUGUAUAUAAUGUUUUGCCUCAAGGAUUAAAAACAUCAGUAGGAAGCUUUAGCAGAGCCAUGAAUUUAAUAUUAGGACCAGAAGUCCAAGAAUUUUGUGUGAACUAUUUAGAUGAUCUAGCCAUUAUUACAACAGGAACGUUAGAUAAACAUUUGGAGCACAUUGAUAUUGUUUUAAGUAAAUUGAACAAAGCUGGCUUAACGUGUAACUUACAGAAAUGUGAAUUUAUUUGUAAAGAAAUUAAAAUGCUGGGUUUUAUAAUUUCAACAGAAGGCAUAAAGACAGAUCCCGAUAAGAUUCGAGCGAUCCAAGAGUUUCCAGCACCUAAAAAGAUUAAACAAUUAAGGGCCUUUUUAGGUCUAUGCAAUUUUUAUAGAAGGUUUAUACCAAAUUACAGCGAGAGCAUAAUACCGCUCUGUGAAUUACUUAAAAAGGGACGAAAGUUCCAAUGGAGCGGUAAAGAACAGAAGGCAUUUGAUUUUAUAAAACAACAAUUUAUUAAUACAAUACAAUUGCAUCAUCCAGACUUUAAUAAGCCGUAUUAUUUACAAACAGAUUGUUCCGGUGUGGGUAUGCCGGAGUACUAUAUCAGAUAG